AUGCGCUUCUCUCGAAAGUUCAAGGCUUCCUCGUAUUGUCUGCCGAGCCCAAAUGGCCGGCUUGUGGCGACGCUGCUUCCCACCGGAAUACACAUUCAAGCUGUGGACCGUCUCGAGGGGUUCGCCGACGUAGUAGAGCUUCCAACAGACCUGUCUGUCUCGGCCAUCGUCAGCUUCCAAUGGUCGCCGACUUCACAGCGUGUCCUGGUGGCUACAACAGACCAGAUUCUGGUGGCGGCUGUCCUGGCCUCGACCGGUGGUGAAGAAAAGCCAUUCCGUGCUGUGAUUCGCAACCCGUCACUGCCCGUCGUUGCCAAGCCCGCCUUCGUCGGCUUUGGUCCUUCCGAUGACCAAGUGUGCCUCUGUUCUGCUUAUGGUGUAAAGUUUGCCGUGUUCAGCUUGCUGACGGGCAAGACGGUCGAGAUCUUGAACCCGAAGCUCUUUAGUUCAGUUUCGGUUUGCCGUCGUGGAUUUUCGUUCCGGCCAGACAGCAACCACCUCUCCCUCCUGACACGCACUGCAGGCAAAGACUGGGUCAGUGUGCACGAUCCGGCAGUGUCAACUCCCAUUGCAUCAUGGGCCCCCGACACUAUUGAUGCUCAGGGCCUUGUCUGGAGUCCGGACGGCCACUGGCUGACAGUGUGGGAGUCGCCCGCAUACGGCCGCAAAGUUCUGUUCUAUACACCUGACGGCCAUCUUUUCAAAACCUGGACCGGUGUUCCUCAUGCCGCAGCCACUCGACAAUCAAACGGUGACGGCGAUGGAGGAUAUGGCGAUUUUGAGACGCACAUCGAUACACAUAUUGCCGACGAGCUACUUGUAUCAGGUGUCAGGCUGGUGCAGUAUUCAGCAGACGCUCGUAUCUUGGCCUUCGACUGA